AAAUCCUGCAGGUGCUGUGCCUGUACCCAUGGCUGUAGGGUGGCCCCCAAAGGGCACUGGCAGGUGGCUGGAAGGGAGGGAGCCUAGGGGAUGGCAGUCCCAGGGCUGGAGAGCAACCUCACCUGAGCAUCACACAAGUAGGGAAGACUUUGUAGGGUGCUAGGGAUGGGCUGAACCCCAGCAGAGCCACCCAGCCCUGGGGCUAAGAGUGGUUCCCCUGGCACAGGGAGUGAAUAGCAUGGAGCCGGGUGGAGGUGGUGCUGCUCUGGGGCGUCCCAGCUCUGUGCAGGGCUGUGCUUUGCUGCGAGCAAGGAAAUGAUCCCGUUUGGUGUCCCAGGUUCACGUUUCUAACGGGGAGCGCGACCAUGGCCACGGGGGGCACAACGCCCCCCCCCAGCAUCCCUCGUCACACCAACCGCCUCAUUAAUGAGAAGUCCCCGUACCUUCUGCAGCACGCUCACAACCCUGUGGACUGGUACCCUUGGGGUCAGGAAGCCUUUGAUAAGGCAAAGCAGGAAAACAAGCUGAUAUUCCUGUCAGUGGGUUACUCCACCUGCCACUGGUGCCAUGUGAUGGAGGAGGAGUCCUUCAAGAAUGAGGAGAUCGGGGAGAUCAUGAACAAGAACUUUGUGUGCAUCAAAGUGGAUCGUGAGGAGCGGCCAGAUGUGGACAAGGUGUACAUGACCUUCGUGCAGGCAACCAGUGGUGGAGGUGGCUGGCCUAUGAGUGUCUGGCUGACACCGGACCUCAAGCCCUUUGUAGGGGGGACGUACUUUCCCCCUGAGGAUGGAGUUCAUCGCGUUGGCUUUCGGACUGUGCUGCUCCGAAUUGCAGAGCAGUGGAAGGAGAACAAAGAUGCCCUGUUGCAGAACAGCCAGAGGAUCCUGGAAGCAUUGCUACACACUACUGAGAUCCGUGUGCGGGGCCAGGAGUCACCCCCACCAUCCGAAAUGGUGAUGGCCACUUGUUUCCAGCAGCUCUCCAACUCCUAUGAUGAGGAAUACGGCGGCUUUUCCGAAUCCCCCAAGUUCCCCACCCCAGUGAAUUUGAAUUUCCUCUUCACAUACUGGGCCCUGCACCGAACAACCCCACAGGGUGCCCGUGCUCUGCAGAUGGCUCUGCAUACUCUCAAGAUGAUGGCCCAUGGGGGCAUCCAUGACCACAUCGGUCAGGGCUUUCAUCGCUACUCCACUGACCAGCACUGGCACGUCCCUCACUUUGAGAAGAUGCUCUAUGACCAGGGCCAGUUGGCAGCUACGUAUAGCAGAGCGUUUCAGGUCUCUGGUGAUGAAUUCUUUGCCGAUGUUGCCCAGGACAUUCUGCUCUAUGUCUCACGGGACCUGAGUGACCAGUCAGGAGGUUUCUACAGCGCAGAAGAUGCAGAUUCCCACCCGACCACCGAAUCCAGAGAGAAGCGAGAAGGAGCUUUCUGUGUGUGGGCAGCUGAGGAAAUCCGGGCUCUCCUUCCGGACCCUGUCGAGGGAGCCACAGAGGGGACAACCCUGGGAGAUGUCUUCAUGCACCACUAUGGAGUGAAGGAGACUGGCAACGUGGACCCCAUGAAGGACCCCCACCAGGAACUGAAGGGCAAGAACGUCCUCAUUGUGCGGGGCUCCCCGGAGCUGACAGCAUCCCGGUUCGGGCUGGAGCCGCCGCGGCUGGGUGCAGUGCUGCAGGAGGGCCGGCAGAGGCUGGCUGCUGCCCGGGCACAGCGCCCGCGCCCGCACUUGGACUCCAAGAUGCUGGCGGCGUGGAACGGGUUGAUGAUCUCGGGCUUUGCCCAGGCCGGGGCAGCCCUGGGCAGGCAGGAGUACGUGAGCCGGGCUGCGCAGGCAGCCGCCUUCCUGCGGAGGCACCUUUUCGACCCCAGCAGCGGGAGGCUGCUGCGGAGCUGCUACCGGGGCAAGGACCACGCGGUGGAGCAGAGUGCUGUGCCCAUCCAGGGCUUCCUGGAGGAUUAUGUCUUCGUCAUCCAGGCUCUCUUUGACCUGUAUGAAGCCUCACUGGAUCAGGGCUGGCUGGAGUGGGCCCUGCAGCUCCAGCACAUGCAAGACAAGCUCUUCUGGGACCCCAAAGGCUUUGCAUAUUUCUCCAGUGAGGCUGGCGAUCCCUCCCUGCUCCUGCGCCUGAAGGAUGACCAAGAUGGAGCAGAGCCCACUCCCAACUCUGUCACUGUCACAAACCUGCUCCGAGCAGCUUGUUACUCUGGCCAGACAGACUGGGUGGAAAAAGCCAGGCAGAUCUUGGCUGCCUACUCAGAGAGGCUGCAGAAGAUCCCAAUAAUCCUGCCAGAGAUGGCCCGGGCCACUGCUGUCUUCCAUCACAGCGUCAAACAGGUCGUUAUCUGCGGGGACCCACAAGGAGAAGACACCAAAGAGAUGCUGCGCUGUGUCCACUCUGUCUUCAGCCCAACCAAGCUGCAGAGCGCUAGCCUGUGCUCGCCUUCAUCCUGGCCCCGCAAGAGGACCUUAGGGAGCUUGUGAGAAAAAUGAAUAAUGAAUUUCAGAUUGGACAUGAAUUGGUGCUGAUGCUGGCAGAUGGAGACAGAGCUGGGUUCCUUUACCGCCAGUUGCCUUUCCUUGCAUCCCUGGAGAGGAAGGAUGGGAAAGCCACCGCCUAUGUCUGCAGCAACUUCACCUGCUCCCUGCCCGUCACCUCGCUCCAGGAGCUGCGUGGGAUGCUCUGCCCAUGAGCCCUCUGCCCCUGAGGGUCUGAGACACCCAUAAUAAACCCACCCUCAGCAUCAA